AUGCGAACUCGAUCGAGUCGGUCUACAGAAGACUUGGUCGAGCUAGACUUCACAACGGGUAGAAAGAGGGUUCAGAGGUCACAGAGGGUACAAGAGGAACCUGAGGUGCUUGUUGCUGAUACAAUGGAUGUACCAGAGGGGAAUGGAAACCCUUUGGGCAAUGGACUCGGUCGAGCUAGGCAAACUCGACCGAUUGGUCAAGGAGAUGCUCCAAACCGCCACCAACAGAGACAAGGGAUUGUUCCACCACCAGUGCAGAACCACAACUUUGAGAUCAAGCUGGGAAUGAUCAACCUUGUCCAGAACAAGAUGUUCCAUGGAUUGCCAAGUGAAGACCCCAUUGACCACCUUGAUGAGUUUGAUAGGCUUUGUGAUUUGACAAAGAUCAAUGGUGUCUCUGAAGAUGCCAUCAAGCUGAGACUCUUUCCUAUGUCUCUAGCUGACAAAGCUCACCAAUGGGAGAAGAGCUUGCCCCAUGGCACAAUCACCACUUGGGAUGAAUGCAAGAAGGCCUUUCUUGCUAAGUUUUUCUCCACCGGUCGCACAGCCAAGCUUAGAGGAGAGAUAUCCAGCUUCAUCCAGCGAAACAAUGAGACAUUCGCAGAGGCUUGGGAGAGGUUCAAAGGCUACACAAGUCAGUGCCCACACCAUGGAUUCAACAAUGAAUCACUACUCUCCACUCUUUAUAGAGGAUGCUUGCCUAGGUAUAGGGAGAUGCUAGACACAGCUAGCAAUGGGAACUUCCUCAACCAGGAUGUAGAUGAUGGCUGGCAACUUGUGGAGAACAUGGCCAUAUCAACAGUGCUAUGGAGAGCACUAUGA